AAUGGUAAUUAAUCUAUAGUUAAUCUCUAGCCUAAAGCACCUAAAACCAGUAAAGCUAAGAAAUUACAAAAAAAAGUAGCUGAUAGAAAAAAGAAUCCACUCUUUGUUAAAGAUGCUAAAAACUUUAGAAUUGGAAAUGAUGUUUAACCAAAGAGAGAUUUAUCAAGAUAUGUUAGAUGGCCAAGAUAUAUCUUACUUCAUAGAUAAAAAAAGAUCUUAUUAUAAAGAAUUAAAGUCCCAGCUGCUAUUCAUUAAUUCAGCAGAACACUUGAUAAGAAUCAAUGUAAAUAUUAAUUCUAUAUAAAAGCAUCAAAAGUAUUGACAUUAUUGAAGAAAUAUUCACCAGAAACUAAAACUGAAAAGAAAUAAAGAUUAACUAAAUUAGCUGAAUAAAAAGCAUAAGCUUAAAAAUCAGAUUAAAAGAAAGUAUAAGUACUCAAAUUUGGAUUAAAUCAUGUCACUACACUUGUAGAAACUAAAAAAGCUAAACUUGUUGUUAUUGCUUAUGAUGUUGAUCCUAUUGAACUUGUUGUUUGGUUACCACAAUUAUGUAGAAGAUAAGAAGUUCCAUUUUGUUUUAUUAAAAGUAAUAUUAAAUUAAUAUAUAUAUUUUUAGAUAAAGCAAGAUUAGGAUCAUUGGUUCAUUAAAAAACAGCCACUUGUGUUGCAUUGACUGAAGUUAGAAAAGAAGAUUAAGCUGAAUUUGACAAUUUAGUAAUAUUUCAUAAUAUCACAAGGCAAGAGAUUUAAGAUAACAUUACAAUGAAAAUCAUGAAUUAUUGAGAACUAUUGGAGGAGGAUAAGUAGGAAUUAAAUCAAGACAUCAAUAAGAAGCAUUAAAGAAAGCAUUGGAAUUAGAAGAAUUGAAAAAGACAUCCUAAUGAAC